GGACGGACCAGAGGAAGGACACACACCCACACACACACACACAGACACUAGGUGGGAGUGGAGAGAGAAAGAGACAGAAGCCGGGGAGCUAAGGAGCAUUUCAAUAGCUGAAAGUAUGUCUCAAACAGACACAAACAACUAUUCAGACAUGAGCCUCCAGGUUUGUGACUGUGACUGGUCCAAAGUUACGACUUAUAAUAAACUGAAAAUACACCAGACGGAGAUAGGAUGCAAGCCAAAGGGUGUGAGGGUUGAUAAGAGUAAACGGGACCUACAGCUGGAUGUUUACACCCCUUUCAAGACUGAUAUGGCCUCCACUAGACCAUCACCCAGUGAGACUGUCUCAAUGGAGACACAUCUGAAAUGCUCUAUCUGCAUGAGUCUGUUUGUGGAUCCUGUCACUACAGCUUGUGGCCACUCCUUUUGUAAGGAAUGUUUGGACCGCAAUUGCGAGUACAAUGACAGGUUGUGCCCCCUAUGCAAGCAGUUUCUGAGGAGUAUCCCAGAUGUGAACAUCGUCCUGAGAAGCAUUGCCGAACAGGUGAAAAAGACCCAGGAGGAAGACAGUAAGUACACUCUGGCGCCCGGUGAAGUGGCCUGUGACAUUUGCACAGGGCAGAAGCUGAAGGCUAAGAAGUCCUGCCUUGUGUGUCUUGCCUCGUAUUGUUCGACCCACCUGGAGAAUCAUUCUUCAACUAAAAGGUUGAAGGGUCACAAGUUGGUGGAACCUGUGGAGAACCUGGAUGAGAGGGCCUGUCUGAAGCAUGGACGUCCCUUGGAGCUGUACAGCAGGAAGGGAGAGAGAUGCAUUUGUGUACUUUGUCUGGAAGAAGAUCAGGAGGAGGUUGUUCCUACUGAAGACGAAUGGGUCAAAAAGAAGGCAAAGGUUGAAAACACAAAGGCAGAGUUACAGGAGAAAAUUGUGAAGAGGAAAUCAUGGGUGGAUGAGACUAAUGCAUCUCUUCAGAGCUGCAAGGACCAGCUAGAGGAUGAGUGGUGGGAUAUCGAGAAUGUGUUCACAACUGUGAUUGCCAUUGUGGAGGAAGCCCAUGCAGCAGCUCUUAAGCCAGUACAGGACAGGAUGGAGGCGGUGGAGAAAGAGGCAAAAGACAUUCAACUCAAGUUGGAAGCUGAGAUCAACAGGCUUGAGAAGACCAUCUCUGAGCUGGACGAUAUAUAUGCGCUUGACGAUCACAUCCUUUUCCUUCAGAGUUACCCAUCUCUUCAAGACCCCAACAACCUCAAAGACUCGAUGGAGGUAGAGCUCGACACAUCGCUGUCUUUCGGCACCAUGAGAAAAACCACAACAACCAUGUUGGAACAAAUUCAACAGAAACUGGAGAAUCUGACCUCCAUUGAGCUUCAGAGAGUUCCAAAGUUUACAGUGGAUGUAAAGCUGGAUCCAACCACGGCGCACCGACGCCUCAUUCUUUCUGAUGAUGGGAAAGAAGUGAAAGAUGAAGGGGAGGACCAAGAAGUAGAUGAUGCUCCGGAGAGGUAUGAUCUGUUUGCCAGCAUCCUGGGGCUCAACAGGUUGAUCUCUGGGAAGUCGUACUGGGAGGUGGAGGUCAGCAACAAGACGGGCUGGGACCUGGGUGUGGCUAGAGGCGACGCAAACCGCAAGGGGAAACUCUCGCUGAACCCAGAUAACGGUUACUGGGUUACCGUACAUUAUGAAGAUGAUAAGUACGCAGCCCUGACAGCAACGCCAGUUCGUCUUUCCCUGAAAGACAAACCUAAGAAAGUUGGGGUGUUCGUGGACUACGAGGAAGGUCUCGUGUCCUUCUACGAUGUGACGGCUCAAUCUCACAUCUACUCCUUUACUGAGUGUUCCUUCAAUGACGAAGUCUUCCCAUAUUUCAGUCCACAUGUAAAACAAGAUGAGAAAAACACUGAUCCUUUGAUUAUUUGUGGUGUGAAACAUUGUGAUUAGGACAUGGAUAUGUUGUGAAGACUGUGUGGGUUUGGCUCAGUCAAAAACGUAGUUUCGUACAAUAUGGAGGGGGACUUUGUGGUGAAUACUGCUCUUUGAGGCUAAAUGGAUUGGGAAUAAAUAAUUAAAGGUGCCGUAGGUACGUAUUGCGAAGAGCAGGGAAGUCUGCAUAAGGAGGAGGUCGGAGUUCGAUGGACAGGUCAAACAAACACAGGAUUUUCACGCAGGAGACUGCUGUUCAUGUCCUGUGUGAAACCAAAAUUUACAUGACUGAUCUUUUUAUAACCAAGUUGUUCCCCAAAUCUAAACGUACUUAACUACGUAACAAACAUAGGCUACUUAUUUUAACCCAAAAUAUUUAUUUUUCUAAACCUAACCAUGUAGUUGUGUUGCCUACAGAAAACAAAGCCAAGGUGUCUCUGUGAACACUGAAGUUUAUUUUUUAAAGAUUAUUUUUUUGGGGGGCUUUUCUCUUUAUUGACAGCUGAUAGACUGGAAAGGGGGAGGGAGAUGGGGGAUGACACGCAGCAAAGUGCAGCAGGUCAGAUUCGAACCUGCACCGCUGCAGGACUCAGCCAACAUGGGGCGAACGCUCUUACUGGGUGAGCCAGAGGCCGCCCCACUGAAGUUUAUUUUGAAAAAAUAAAAUGUUUGUAUCCAUGUAACCAGCGAAAACGACAUUUGCAAUACUGGCACUAAAGGGAUCAUCAUCGUGCAUCAUAGUUUAAACCAGGGGUGUCAAACUCAUUUUAAUUCAUGGGACACAUAAUUCAUGGGACCCUAAUUUGAUCUCAAGUGGCCAGUAAACCACUCCAGAAAGAUCAGAAACUUUAUCUGCCACAGAGUUUCUUGUCAGCUUGAUGUUAGCAAACACAAGUUGCUUCUGCUACGACAGCAUUGUAAGGCCAUUGUAGAAAAAAAAUAAUGAUGUUACGAACCCUGGAGAGAGGAGUAAUAUUCUGAGAAUAAAACUCAGAAUUUCUAAGUUUAAAGUAGAAAGAACUUGGAUAUUCUCUGAGAUUAAAGUGGUCAAUUUGGAAUUGGAAUGAAGUACUUCUCUUCAAUUUUCACUCUUUGCAAAGUCAUCCAGUGGGCCUGAUUGGACCCUUUGGCGGGCGGUUCUGGCCCACAGGCCGUAUGUUUGACACCCUUGAGUUAAAGCUUAGGUUCAGCGAUCAAGCAGCUGUAGUUGAUGAUUUGGGAGUAUGUGUUUACCAGAACUAUGCCAACAUUUAUAAAUGCCUAUAUGCAAAUUAUGAAUGUUUAUUUUCUAUGGUCAUGGUAAAUGUUAUGAAAGUUGUGCAAGGUCAGUUCAUUCAUGGGUGACAUUUCCAGUUACACUAUAAUGCAUGACCAAAUGGUGCCUUUUACAACUUGAUGAAUACAAUACUUAUAAGACUUAUGAUAGAUGAUGCAUACAAUUUGUCAAAGCAAAAGCGUAAAAUGUACCUAUAUGGUAACUUUGGGAAUGUUAGUAGCCUACACAUGCAUUUAAUUAUUGUAUAUCAAUGUAUCCUGAUUAUUUACAAAAUGUGCUGUCAUUACAAAUUCUUUUUUAACCUCUAAAUAAAAAUAAAAAUAUCUAAACUUU